AUGCAGAACUCAAGCCUCUUUCUGGCCGGCACAGACUUCCUUUUACUCUUUCCUUUGGCACUCUCGUCGCCUCCUCCUGGGGAGAAGCCGAGGCAGCCGCGUCUUGGAGCAGCGACAGGUCGGCCUAGUGAGAGCAAGAGAAAAGUUUCUUUCUGGGAGUGCGGAACUGGGGCCGGGUUGGUAUACUGCUCGGAGCAAUGGGGCCAUGGCACGGGAGAGUCCCGCAGCUCCAGUGUCAAUCCAAGUUUUGUUGCACACGUGUUUACACAUGCAAACAAAACAGAACAAAAACAAAACAACCCCUCAGCUUUCCCUGAACUCCGUCUAAUAGCGCUGGGGGGAGGGGAUAAGAAUGUGGAGGGGAGCAAGGGCAGAACGUUUUGGUGCCAAGCAGGCAACCAGGGAGCGCUGGCACGUCAGGACCGAUUUCCCCGUCUGCUUCGGAGAGUUUUGGGUGCCGGGAGCUGCCCUGGGUCUUUCUACUUGUUUGUAGCUGGAACGCGCAAAGCAGGAACGAGGUCUGGCCACAGCUUGUUCCGGGCUGUUUGGCCCAGGCCGAGACUGUCUGGUUUCGGGGCAGCCACAAUCCUAUCAGGAGGGUGUCAUAGCUCUGUCAUCGGACACUCGUGGAGGCCGAGUGGCAGGCGUUUGUCCCAAGAAAAGGGUGGGGGUUGUCGCGCGCUCUGUGCUCCUUUUGCAGAGCCAGCCUUCGGGGAGGUGAACCAGCUGGGAGGAGUGUUCGUGAACGGAAGGCCGCUGCCCAACGCCAUUCGACUUCGCAUCGUGGAAUUAGCCCAACUGGGCAUCCGACCUUGUGACAUCAGCCGCCAGUUACGGGUCUCACACGGCUGCGUCAGCAAGAUCCUGGCGCGCUACAACGAGACCGGCUCGAUUUUGCCCGGAGCCAUCGGGGGCAGCAAACCCCGGGUCACCACUCCCACUGUGGUGAAACACAUCCGGACUUACAAGCAGAGGGACCCGGGCAUCUUCGCUUGGGAGAUCCGGGACCGCCUGCUGGCGGACGGCGUGUGCGACAAGUACAACGUGCCCUCGGUGAGUUCCAUCAGCCGGAUUCUGCGCAACAAGAUCGGCAACUUGGCCCAGCAGGCCCACUACGACUCAUACAAGCAGCACCAGCCUGCGCCACAGCCCGCGCUGCCCUACAACCACAUCUACUCGUACCCCAGUCCCAUCGCCGCUGCGGCUGCUAAGGUGCCUACACCACCUGGGGUGCCGGCCAUCCCCGGUUCCGUGGCUAUGCCGCGCACCUGGCCCUCCUCUCACUCUGUCACCGACAUCCUGGGCAUCCGCUCCAUCACCGACCAAGGAGUGAGCGAUAGCUCCCCCUACCACAGCCCCAAGGUGGAGGAGUGGAGCAGCUUGGGCCGCAACAACUUCCCGGCCGCCGCCCCGCACGCAGUGAACGGACUGGAGAAGGGGGCCUUGGAGCAGGAGGCCAAGUACGGCCAGGCACCAAAUGGUCUCCCAGCUGUGAGCAGUUUUGUAUCAGCAUCCAGCAUGGCUCCUUACCCUACUCCAGCUCAAGUGUCACCGUACAUGACCUAUAGUGCUGCUCCUUCUGGUUAUGUGGCUGGGCAUGGGUGGCAACAUGCCGGCAGCACCCCACUGUCUCCCCACAACUGUGACAUUCCCGCAUCACUGGCUUUCAAGGGAAUGCAGGCAGCCAGAGAAGGUAGUCAUUCCGUCACAGCUUCUGCACUCUGA